CGGAACUACAGCUUCCGCCCUUGCGCAGAACGCUCUUCAAGGCUCCCUAGCUCUACGGGUUGGCGCGAGAGUCAAAAGGCAUCGUCCGCCUUGGGGAAGAUGGCCGUCGCGGAGGCGUCGUUUUGAGGGAACUUCGCGCGGGGAAUGCGGCCGCUAGACUGAGUCCGUGGCGAAGGUGCCAGCGUCCCUUCCGUCGUUUGUGAGCUCACUCAUGCGAGCGGUCUCACAAUAAUCUGCGUAGUUGUCAGUGAGCAGUAACUGGCGGCAGCAGUGUUUGAGGCCUGGCUGUUUGCUUGGACCAAGUGCUUGCAACGGCAAGGCUCUCUGUUGUAUUCAGGACUUCCCAGAAGUGUCCAAGCUUUCAGGGCAGGUCUUCAUUCUGUACCAGUCCUUCCCCUAGGAUGGAACAUGGCGUAAAGUCUGAAUCAUCACGAGCAUUUACAUGUGAUUGAAGCCUGGACAGCUCGGAAAAUAAUUCUCAAGGUAUGGAUGAGAAAGGUGACCAGAGCAAUGAGGAAGCCCCCAAGGUCAUCAAACCCACCAGUAAAGAGUUUAGGAAAACGUGGGGGUUUCGAAGGACCACCAUUGCUAAACGAGAGGGCACUGGGGACGCGGAGUUAGACUCUGUGGAUCAGCAGCCCCAGCAGCAGCAGAGCCUUUCCUUGCGACGCAGUGGGAGGCAGCCGAAGCGGACUGAGAGGGUGGAGGAGUUUCUCACGACGGUCCGGCGUAGAGGGAGGAAGACUGUGCCUGUCUCCCCUGAGGACCCCAGUGAGCCAACCUCCUGCCCAGUCACAGAUGUCGAAACUGCUUCUGAGGGGAGCGUCGAGAGCACCUCUGACAGUAAAAGUGGGCCCAAGGUUGGCCCCGCUGGCAGUAAGGGACUACCAGCCUCAUCUGCAAAGGCCAAAGGAGGUGAUGGUGAGGACGACACCUCCGAUAGUGACAGUGAUGGGUUGACCUUGAAAGAACUUCAGAAUCGCCUGCGAAGAAAGCGAGAGCAAGAGCCAGCUGAUCGGCCCCUGAAAGGUGUCCAGAGUCGCCUGAAGAAGAAGCGUCGGGAGGAGGACCUGACAGAAACUGUGGACAUGGAGGUGGCCGAUGCUGUGGAGAGCUCAUCUCCCAGCCAGCAAGAGCCCGCAGCUGAGCAGGCAGCGAGCGAUGACAGAGAGAGGAAGUCAGAAGGGCGGGCGGCCCAGGGGGUCAAAGAGGAGGACCCUGGAGGCUCGGUCAAGCACAAGCCUGAGUGUGAGGUGUAUGACCCCAACGCUCUGUAUUGCAUAUGUCGUCAGCCUCACAACAACAGGUUUAUGAUUUGUUGUGACCGAUGUGAAGAAUGGUUUCAUGGCGAUUGUGUGGGCAUUUCUGAGGCUCGAGGGCGGCUCCUGGAGAGGAACGGGGAGGAUUAUAUCUGCCCCAACUGCACCAUCCUGCAGGUGCAGGACGAGCCUAACUCAGAAACCACUGACCAGCAGGAAGCGAGACUGCGACCUGCAGACGCCGACGGCACAGAGUGUACAAGUAUCGGGACCAUAGAGCAGAAAUCCAGCGAAGACCAAGGGAUAAAGGGGAGAAUUGAGAAGGCUGCGAACCCGAGUGGCAAGAAAAAACUGAAAAUAUUCCAGCCUAUUGCAGAGGCUCCUGCUGCUGCAAAGUGUAUUGGGCCGGGGUGCUUGAGUGUGGCGCAGCCCGACUCUGUCUACUGCAGCAGUGACUGCAUUCUGAAACACGCUGCCGCCACCAUGAAGUUCCUGAGUGCGGGGAAGGAACCCAAACCCAAACCCAAAGAAAAGAUCAAGACCAAACCAGAAAAGCUCAUUCUUCCCAAAUGUAGUGUUCAGGCAGGCAUUAAAGUCUCUUCUGUGCACAAGAGACCUGCUCCAGACAAGAGAGAGAACACUGUGAAGAAGGCAGUGGUGGCCCCUGCUCGGAGUGAGGUCCUUGUGAAGGAAACAACUUGCGAGAGCAGCACGCCGUCCUGGGCAAGCGACCACAAUUACAAUGCAGUAAAGCCAGAACAGACUGCUGCCCUGUGGCCGUCACUGUUGUAUAAAUCCAUGAAGGAGGACCAGGAAGUGGAGAACACAGUGGCUGCAGUGCCGAAGAAAGCGGCUGCUCUGGGCCCCGCCGUGGGCAGCAGACAGCCUUCAGCCCGGAAUCUCCUUCCAAAGAAAUCACCUCCUUUCUCAAAUGUGGCUAAACAGGCCAUCAAGAAGUUGCCCUCAGGCUUCAAGGGCACCAUACCCAAGAGGCCAUGGCCUUCAGCUGCUCCCUCGGGCAGUGGUCCCGCCACUAAGCAGGCAGGGCUGGUGCCUGGUACCACCACAUCUGCUUCCAAAAAGCUGCCAGGCUCUACUGCCUCAGUGGGAACCACCAGGAAGCCCAUGGUGACCUCUGUCCCCUUGGCCUCUCCAGCCUCGGGACGCCUGGGAACUUCAGGCACCGCCCCAUCACAGCCAAAUUCACAGAUUCGGCAAAAUAUAAGGCGCUCCUUGAAGGAGAUUUUGUGGAAAAGAGCCAGUGACAGCGAUGACCUCAUGAUGACAGAGAAUGAGGUCGGGAAGGUUGCUCUCCACAUCGAGAAAGAGAUGUUCAACCUGUUCCAUGUCACUGACAAUCGCUACAAGAGCAAAUACCGCAGCAUCAUGUUCAACCUCAAGGACCCCAAGAACCAGGGUCUCUUCCAUCGUGUUCUGCGUGAAGAAAUCUCUUUGGCCAAACUUGUAAGAAUGAAGCCAGAAGAACUUGUGUCUAAAGAGCUUUCCACAUGGAAAGAGAGGCCGACAAAACCUAUGAUGGAGUCCAGAGUGAGACUGCAUCAGGAAAGUAAAAAGACUGCCGUCAGGCAGGAGGCCAUUCCGGACAUGGAAGACUCACCCCCCGUGUCAGACUCGGAUGAGCAGGAAUCGGUACGCGCUGUCCCUGAGAAAAGUGCUGUGCCCCCUCUGGAUGUCUUCAGCAGCAUGUUGAAGGACACAACUGGCCAGCACCGUGCCCACCUCUUUGAUCUGAACUGCAAGAUUUGUACAGGUCAGGUUCCAUCAUCAGAAGAUGAACCAGCUCCGAAAAGACAAAAAUUGUCAGCUCUUGCUAAGAAAGAAGAGUCAAAGUCCAAGUCUGACAGCUCUGCCUCUGAGCCAGUUCUUAGCCCAGCGGAUGAGGUGGUGCCAGAAACUCCACCCGAAAACACCUCUGAGCCAGACCCAGAGAGCGUGUCCCAGACUCCCUGGGAGAGGAAGUACUUUCCCGGGGCUCCAGGAGAUGGCCACAUUGAGCCCUCCGCCCUGGAAGGUCCUUCCUGCCCAGCCUCCUGUGGGGGCCCGGUGCUCACCACUGUCACCAUGUCUGGCCGAGACCCCAGGACCGCACAGAGCGUGGCAAGCACAGUCAUGACCCCCGCAGCAGCCGUCCCAGACAGCACCCUACUGGUGGAGCCACAACAAGACAACCUAAAGCCUGCUGUGACCCCUGUGCUAGUGCCCAAGUCCAUACUAGCCAAGCCAUCCUCAUCUCCUGAGCCCAGAUACUUGCUGUCAGUCCCACCAUCCCCAAGUAUCAGCACUGCAGAAUCUCGGUCCCCUCCGGAAGGAGAUACAACCCUCUUUCUGUCUCGAGUCAGCACCAUUUGGAAAGGAUUUAUUAACAUGCAGAGUGUAGCAAAGUUUGUCACUAAGGCUUACCCCGUCUCUGGAUGUUUUGAUUACCUCAGUGAGGACCUGCCUGACACGAUUCAUAUCGGUGGACGGAUCGCGCCAAGGACGGUGUGGGAUUAUAUCGGCAAACUCAAAUCCUCUGUGUCCAAGGAGCUGUGCCUGAUCCGCUUCCAUCCCGCCACAGAGGAGGAGGAGGUGGCCUAUAUCUCUCUCUACUCCUAUUUUAGCAGCCGCGGCCGCUUUGGUGUCGUCGCUAACAACAGCAGGCACAUCAAGGACCUCUACCUGAUCCCGCUGAGUGCUGAGGACCCUGUUCCGUCCAAGCUCUUGCCCUUUGAGGGACCAGGUCUCGAGUCACCGCGUCCAAACAUAAUCCUUGGGCUAGUCAUCUGUCAAAAAAUAAAGCGUCCUUCAAAUGCUGGAGAAUUAGACAAGAUAGAGGAGAAGCGGACCCGGCUGCAGGCACCAGAGGAAAUGGAUGUGCUGCCUUAUCCCAAAGUGCCUCAGGCCUCGCAGGCUGAGAAGAGACUCCCCAAGUAUCAGCUCAGUUCUGGGGACACGGCCGUCAGCACCACACCGCCGGGGUCUCCUCCACCCCCACCCCCUCUGCCAGAACCACCAGCUUCAUCAUCAGUGCUAAAGAUACUGUCAUCACUCAAGCCUGGAGCCACCAGCACCUUCACGGCACCAACAGCACCAACAGCAGUCACUUCCUCCUCUGCCUCGAAGUCAGCUUCGCCACUGGAGCACAUCCUGCAGACGCUGUUUGGAAAGAAGAGGUCCUUUGACCCCCCAGCCGUGGAGCCCGUGGAGCCUGCCUCUGCCUCUCCCUCUCCCUCUCCCUCUGCCUCUGCCUCUGCCUCUGCCUCCUGCCCAGACACCAAGGCUGAGGGCAGGCUGCCGGCAGCGCCUCUGCUGGAUCCUAUUGUCCAGCAGUUUGGUCAGCUCUCCAAAGAGAAAGUUCUGGAGGAAGAGGAAGACGACAGACCCUAUGACCCUGAAGAAGAGUAUGGUCCUGACAGGGCCUUCGAGACACAGCUCGCGGGCCGAGGAAAGCGGCAUGAUGUGGAAAAGGCCUCUGAGACCAACGAGCGGGAGGAGGUGGCCUAUGACCCAGAAGACGAGACGAUCUUAGAAGAAGCCAAAGUGACCAUCGACGACCUGCCCAAUAGGAUGUGUGCAGAUGUUAAAGGGAGUUCCAUGGAGAGGCCGGCCGGGUUUGCUGCCGACAUCUCUGUUCCCUCUCUGGCUGAGCAGCAGAAGAUGAUAGAGGAGCUCAACAAGCAGAUCGAGGAGCAGAAGAGACAAGUGCAGGAGCAGGAAGAGGCUCUCAGGCAGCAGCGGGCUGCCGUGGGGGUCUCCAUGGCACACUUCUCGGUGUCCGACGCGCUGAUGUCGCCACCUCCAAAGUCUUCACUGCCCAAGACCGAGCUGUUCCCGCAAGAGCAGCAAGCUGCCAACAGGCCAGCCAUGCCCCCCCCCAGUCAGGGGCCAGGCCCUGGCUCUGACCCACGACAGAGUCGGGACCCCCGGCAGGCCCGGCGGCUAGCCGCGGAGAGUGGUGAGAGCGAGAGCUUCUCCAGGGCCCCGGCCAGCAGCGCACAGGGGGCCCUGCCCACCAGAGAAGCACCUAGUGGGGCUGCUACUAGUCAGGGGCCUGCACCCGCCCUGGAGGAAAAGGAGUCGACCCCUCCACCCUGGGCUCCCAGUGAGAAGGCCACCCUGCCAGCCAAGCAGGAUGGCCCCACUAGUGAGCCCUCAGAGAGCCAGUGCCCACUGCCUACUGACAGCGGCCCUCCCCUGGUAGGUGGCCCUGGCCAGGCCCGGCCCACCCGAAAGGUGCUGCUGCCCACACCACCCAGCACUGCCUUUCCGCCCAACUUCCCUGUGCCGGGCGAAGGGCAGAAUUUCAGUGCUCCCGCAGGAAGGGACCCUUUUUCAAGCCCAGCGUUUGCAUCUCAGGACAAAUCCUUCGGCUCAUCCCCAUACGAUGAUCCGAGAAAUGCCCUGUUUGCUGAAAAAAGUGACCGUUCGGCUGUUGAAACUGAAGAGAGCAGAGACCCACAGUGCAGAGCUGGCGAGGGGGCCACCCUGUUCCCCCCACCUGGACAGAAAGGGCCCCCUCUUCCCCCAUUCCAGGGCCAGCGUGAGCCCACACCCCGCUCUUUCGGAACAUCAGGACUUCAUGGCCCCAGUUUCCCAGGACCACGGGGGCCAGCACCUCCAUUUUCAGAAGACUGUAUCAUUUCUAACAGUGAUGGGCCAAGAGGGCCUCCACCGGCCAGAUUCGGGGCCCAGAAGGGGCCCAUCCCUUCUUUAUUCUCAGGGCCACAUGGGCCACCUCCCUACGGGGACAGCAGGGGCCCCUCACCCUCUCACCCUGGUGGGCCCAGAGGAGCAGCACAACCUCAGUUUGAAGAACGCAAGGAUCCGCAUGGGGAAAAGAGGGAAUUCCAGGACACCCCACACAAUGACAUGGGUGGGCCUCCUGCCCAGUUUGAAGGGCCGGAACAAGGCCCAUCGAUGGGAAGCAGAGGCGCAGGCCCCUUCCAGUUUGGAGGCCCGCGGAGGCCUCUGCUGGCCCCAUUUAAAGGGCCCCGGGGAGGCCCUCCUCCCUCUCAGUUUGGGGGUCAGAGAGGACCACCCCCUGGCCAUUUUGUGGGCCCAAGAGGGCCGCAUCCUAGUCAGUUUGAAACCACCCGGGGUCCCCAUCCCAAUCAGUUUGAUGGGCCGAGAGGCCAGGCACCAAAUUUCAUGCCAGGACCCAGGGGAAUUCAGCCUCAGCAGUUUGAAGAGCAAAGAGUGAACUCACCACCCAGAUUUUCGAAUCAGAGGGCCCCAACACCCCUUCAGUUUGGUGGGCCAAGGGGGUCUGUGCCUUUUCCUGACAAAAGUGAGCCCCCCCCUCCCCGGUUCCACUUCCAGGGCCAGGCGCCUCAGGUGAUGAAGCCGGUGCCCAGGCCCUUGCUGGAGCUGCCUAGCCACCCACCCCAGCACCGCAAGGACCGGUGGGACGAGGCCAGCCCAGCACCCAACCUGCCUUCUGGGGCUCCUGGACCAGCCCCUGAGGCUGAGGCGCAGUGGGCCCCAUCCAAAGGCCCAGAGUACAGAAACCAGACAUGUCCCAAAGAGAAGCCGCUGGAUGAGCCUGAGGCCCAGCCCGAGAGCCGGCAGGGCCGCACCUUCGAGGACCGCAGGCGAGAGCGGGAACAUGGGAAGCCCUGGGAGCGAGAGCGCAGCAGGAACUGGAGCCGGGAGCGGGACUGGGACCGGGGCCGGGAGUGGGACAGACACCGAGAGAAGGAUUCCUGCCGAGAGCGUAAUGCAAACAGGGACCGAGAGCGGGAGUGGGACCGGAACCGGGAGCGGAGCCGGAACAGGGACAGGGACAGGGACCGGAGGCGGGACCGUGACAGGUCUCGCAGUAGAGACCGGGACCGUGACAAGGCUCGGGAGCGAGAGCGAGGCCGAGACCGCAAGGACCGCAGCAAAAGCAAGGAGAGCACUCGGGACCCAAAGUCCGAGGCCCCAGCCCCGAGGGCCACCGACCCCGCUGCCCAUACCUAGGCCUGAUCUCAGUUUGGCACCUUCCUUUUAAAAGCCAAGUUCAUAAAAUGUAUUGAACAAAUCGUUUUUGAAAUAGCUAUGAACUUAGAUGAAGAAUAGAAUAUUCUGGACUUCAAAAAUUACUGUAAUUUUGUGUAUAAUGGUUUCUUACAAAAUUUCACAUCUUUACAAUUCUGAUGCUUUUUUUAAGAAAACUAAGAACUCAAUAUUUCCAUUUAGAAUUACUGAAAUGGGAAAGUCUACAAAAGCAUAUUGCUUUUUCAGAUUAUAAAGUUAUCUUUUCCAAUAACUUGACUAUGGUAAAUUUUAAGGGGAUUUCUGUGGACCUUAGAGCCAUACCCUUGCUGACAUCUCAUCUGUAUUUCUAGGUUUCCCGGCUCUCCCAGGGUGGUGUGCUGUCACAGGUGAUGCCCGGAGUGCACACUGGAGCCCUGGAACCAGCCCUCUGGAGUUGAGAAACAUAAAACUUGCUAAUGUGUUUUCCUGUUUUCCCAGAGAAAUUUGAAUUACAAACCUGAACCAGGAAACAACACGUUUUUUAGUUUUGCUCAAAUUUUUUAAUAUAUCACCUUAUACUUUUUUCCCCCGAAAACAUGAUUAAAAGCGACAUCUGUCUGAGUACAAAUUGUUGCAUUUUAAAUAACAAUUUAUUGAAAAAGGUUUCAAUUUUUACCAGCCCAAAGGUAAGAAAAUAAACCAAUUAAGUGUACUUUAAAAGGGGGAGGGUUUCUUUGAUUUCAAUAAUCAGGAACAUUUUUUUUGUUGAACUUCACCUUCUGCACAGUUCUUCUUACAUCCCAGGAAAAGUGCACUCACUCUAAACCGUUUUAUUUGUCAGGGGGUAAAUUUUAAAGUUUGUCUUUGAAAACGGAACAAUAUUUGUAUAAAGUCUGAGGACAAUAGUGAUAUUAGUUCAGGAACUACGAACUAGAAAGCUUUCACUGUGAGACACAGCACACUGCUUCUCGCCAUGUAUUUUUCAAGUUCUGAAGUGUGAGAGAAAACCUUGCUAAUUUAUUUGACUGUACAAAUACACUUUGAUAAUUUUUUUAUAUUUUCAUAAACUUACUUUUGCAAAUGUAAAAUUAGAGCGUCUCCUUUGUUCUUUGGAGUCUGUUGUUCAGUGUGCAUUGCUGCGGACUUCUCGCCCACGCGGCCAAGCUGGGAGCCGUCGAGGACCAGUGGUCUGGGAGGACUGGUGCAAUAAACCAGUGUCUGUAGGUUGAGUUCCAUUAAAGUGGUGUCGAGUUCCAACAUCCAGUAUGAUGUGAAGGCUUUUUACAUAUAAAACAAGUUUUUCUAAUUUAAAUACACAAAUGUAAAAAUCAAGUGUGUUUCUUUAGGUUUACUUGAUAGAAUUUUCUGUAAAUUGUAUUUUAUAUUGCAAAGUAUCAUAUCACUGUCCAUUAAAACAUGGAACUUUGUAGGUUUUGUUACUUGAAGUAGAAUAAACAUCUACAGAGGCUUUCUGGC